CCUUAUAAUUGGGACAAACUAAAGGCCAUUCCAUUCUCUUUCUUUCCCUUUCUUCUACAUUUAUUUAUCAUCCCUCUCUACCUAGCCUACCACAUCUACAAAUCUCAAACCAAACAAACAAACACAAAUUUAUUUCAUCUACUUUAAAGGACCUCACUUCAAAAAACCAAAAAAAUCAACUCUCUUUCUUAACUUUUUUGACCAUAAUUUCUAUUUUUAUUUCUCUCUAUUUAAAACCCCACAAACACACCCACUACUAUCACUCACUUCCUUCCACCAUUUACCACCACCACUGAGAAAAUCAAUAACCAAUAAUGUCAUCGGAAACUGCCACGUCACCAUCUAAAACCAUGAUCUCAGUUCCUUUCAAGUGGGAGGAAGCACCGGGGAAGCCUAGGCGUUACCACACACAAUCGGAGCUCGAAAAUAACGUUAAAACAACGUUGGAACUUCCUCCGAGGUUGUUCUUUUUGGAAACCAAGCUCGAUGAGCCUUCCCCUACAACGGUAUUGGAUGGGCCUUACGUGGGCCGGGCCAUGUCGUUCUCGUCUUCUUAUAGAACUCCAAGGGAAAACUGGAAUUCCAAUUUUGGGUCUAGUAGAUGGAGUGGUUUCAAGAAGAUUAGCAAAGAAGGGGACGAGGGUAGUUUUGACUUUUCAGAUCAGACUAAGGUGAAGAUCUCACGAGCUCCAAUGUCUAAGGCUAAAUCACAUUUGUGGGCAAACAUUUGUGACAGCUUGAAGCAAGUGGUUCCUUGGAGACGCAGGAAAGAAACACAGAGAAAGUGGGUUUCAAUAACCGACACACUUUAAUCAUGUUGAUUACUCCUAUUAAACAAAAAUAUUUAAGAAAUGGAAUUUAAUUUAGUGUCUGUCUAAAUAUAUAAACUUUUCUUUUAUAUAUGGUGAUAUUUUUCUGUUUAGAGUUUGGACAUUAGAAAGAGAUAGAUCACAAUUCCUUUCAUCAUGUUUUCUAUGAUAAAGUGUGUUUAAUUAGAUUAAGGGUGAUCAAAACCAAACCAACCCAAUAGAAAACCGCAAACUAAACCAAACCAAACCGAAAUCGCAAAAAACCGCAUUUGGUUCGGAUUAGUUUGUGUAUUUUUUACAAAACCGUACGGUUCGGUUCGGUUUGCGGUUUGUAUUUUGUAAACUGAACCAAACCGAAUCAAACCGCAUUAUGUUACAACCUAAAUUUUAUUUAACUCACAUCCAACCCAAACUUAAACUUAUUAUACAUUAGCAUUAUGAUUACGAACAAUUUUCUCAUCCUUACACAUAUAAUUUCAGUCCCGAUCUUCUAAAAUCUCUAUUAACAUUAUCGCACAUUCUUUGCCACAUACAUCUUCCCUCUUCUUCUAUAAUCUCUACUC